UCUUCAGGAUGAUGUUUCACACCAGAACAGUAAAACUGUCCUACUGGCUCUUGCUGGUCUACAUGUUAGCUGUGUGCUGUAAGCUGAUGUCCGCUGCAAACCACUUUCCCAGAGGACAGACAGGCUAUCACCAGGUCAAACAGGGGACUUGUGAAGUUGUUGCUAUACACCGGUGCUGCAAUAAAAAUAAGAUCGAGGAGCGAUCCCAAACGGUCAAGUGCUCUUGCUUUCCAGGACAGGUUGCAGGUACAACGAGAGCAAGGCCUUCAUGUGUAGAAGCCUCCAUAGUGCUGCAGAAGUGGUGGUGUCAAAUGCAUCCGUGUCAAGACGGCGAGGAGUGUAAAGUGCUGCCCGAUCUCACAGGGUGGUCCUGCAGCACUGGCAACAAGGUCAAGACAACGAAGGUGACGCGGUAG